AUGCCAUUAGUUAGUAUAGAUUUAACGCUUUUGGUACUUACCGGUAGCAGCUUUUUCAUAUUGGGCGCCUACUAUCAACACCAUGAUUUCUUGAGCAAAGUCCACAGGCUCAUACAAGAGGAUCCAUAUGCUUUCUACAUACGCGAAAAAUUAUAUGACACGUUGCAACUUUUCAAUCCAUACUGCUUGGACCAACUAGAUGGCUCAAGUUCACGCAUGUCACAGAUCAUGAAAUACGGUUUUCCCGGCUUGGAUGACAUACGCGUCUAUUCGGAUUUUAUACUCUCUUACGAUCGUCGCAAUCGUGUCGCCCAUUGGGUUUAUGAACACUUGCGUGCGCCCUGCGUUAAAUCCAAUGGCAAUGGCGCGCAUCGUCGCGAGUCUUACUAUCAAGCCGAUAUGAGUGUGCCUUCGAAUUUUCGUGCUGAUUUAACAGAUUACAGGGAUUCACGAUUUGAUCGGGGCCAUCUGGCAGCCGCUGGCAAUCAUAAAUGCCAUCAGACACACUGUAAUGAGACAUUUUAUUUGACCAAUAUUGCACCACAAGUCGGAAAGGGCUUCAACCGUGAUGCAUGGAAUAAUUUAGAAAUUUAUGUACGUGAUUUAACUGAGCGUUAUGGUUCCGUUUAUGUUUGCACCGGUCCUAUUUAUAAGCCGAAACAUCAGCUGCGCGGUGUCACUGAUGCGGAGCAUUGCGGAAAGGUAGAUGACAAAUGGUGUGUGGAAUAUGAAGUGAUUGGUGAGAAUACUGUGGCGGUGCCAACGCACUUUUUCAAGGUUAUCACUGUCGAAUCAAAGCUACCGGGCGGUUCGCCCUAUAUGGAGGCGUACAUAAUGCCGAAUGCACCUAUUAGUAGCAGUACGAAUAUACGCAACUUCCUGGCCGAUAUUAGAGAAAUUGAGCACAUUGCAGGACUGCAAUUUUUCAAUGGCCUUCGUCGAAGCUUCUUUUUUGGCACCAAUUACAGUACGGCAAGUGAUAUAUACAGAAAUUUUGUUUGAAUAAUUG